UCUCAUUAGAGUGCGAGAGGGAGUGAGACAGAGCGACAAACGUCCCGCUGAUUCCCAAUCAUCAUUACACUCUGAAGAAGAAGAAGAGAAGAGGGGAGAUCUCUUUGAUAGCUUUCGUUCAGCGUUCGAUCCAAUUGAACUUUUUCUUCUUCAUCUGCUGGUGAGAUCUAAGCAGCUUCGAGCUAUCUUCAGUGAUGGGGCGGUUGCCGCUCUCGCUCUGGCUGAUCCUCAUCAUCCUCCCCCUACUCUUCCCGGAUGUCGCUCUCGGCAAGACCCUCAAGCGCGACGUUAAGGCGUUGAAUGAGAUCAAGGCGUCGCUUGGAUGGAGGGUGGUUUACUCGUGGGUCGGGGACGACCCGUGCGGAGAGGGUGAUCUGCCCCCUUGGUCUGGUGUUACUUGCUCCACGCAAGGAGAUUAUCGGGUCGUGACUGAAUUGGAGGUUUAUGCUGUCUCGAUAGUUGGGCCUUUUCCCACUGCUGUUACUAAUUUAUUAGAUCUGACAAGGCUGGAUCUCCAUAAUAACAAGUUGACUGGGCCAAUUCCUCCUCAGAUUGGACGAUUGAAGCGUCUUAAGAUACUUAACUUGAGAUGGAAUAAGCUACAAGAUGUCAUUCCUCCAGAGAUUGGUGAGCUGAAGAGUCUUACGCAUCUAUAUCUGAGCUUCAAUAACUUUAAAGGUGAAAUUCCUGCGGAACUUGCUAAUCUUCCAGAACUUCGCUAUCUUUAUCUACAAGAAAAUCGUUUGACUGGGAGGAUACCACCGGGACUGUGCUUCCUGCCAAAUCUUCAGCAUCUGGAUGUAGGCAACAACCACUUAGUUGGUACUCUGAGGGAGCUGACACGGAAUGAAGGCUGCUUUCCAGCUCUAAGGAACUUUUACCUGAACAAUAAUUACUUGACUGGAGGAAUCCCCUCGCAACUUGCCAAUAUGACCAACUUGGAAAUUCUGUACCUAUCACACAACAAAAUGUCUGGAGCAAUACCUGCUGAGCUCGCUCGUAUUCCCAAAUUGACAUUUCUGUACUUGGAUCACAAUCAGUUUUCUGGAAGGAUUCCUGAUGCUUUCUACAAGCACCCUUUCUUGAAAGAAAUGUACAUCGAGGGGAAUUCAUUCAGACCAGGCGUGAAACCGAUAGGUUUCCACCGGGUCCUUGAACUUUCUGAUUCGGAAUUUAUAUUUUAGCCAGAGUCUGGGACACUAUAUGUGGUUUGUGACCUGUAGGGUAAUUGAGGUAAUCCGAGCUUUCUGGUCGCGUAUGUUUGCAGCAGCAAUGGAAUGCCCGUUGGGGGAACCAGUAUAAUACUCCGAAGGAGUCCGUCAAUCGAUUCUUGCUUAAUUUUGUCAGCAAAGCCUCUUAUGAAGUAGCUGGUUCUGAGGUCCAUGUAACUUAUGUUAAAAGACCGAUAUGUACACAGUUUAUACCCAAGCUGCUGAGUAAAACAGAAGAGUGUCAAAACACAUAAAAUAUAUUUUGUUCAUUCUAUUUUGUCGAACCAACAGUUGCAAUUAUUCAUAGUGCCACGUUAAUUA